AUGGUCCUCCCCGACUCCCUGCAGCCACAUAGCAUUGCAUUUUGGGAUGAAGAACUAGUGGAUGUUUCUGCAUCUGUCUUACCAGAAUUGAAAAGAGAAACAUAUGGCCAGAUUCAAGUCUGUGCAAAACAGAGGCUGGCUCGACAUGGUUCUUUCAGCACAGUUCAGGCUUCUGAGAGGAUCCAGAGGAAAGUGAACUCAGAGCCCAGCAGCCCUUAUAAAGAGGAACAAGGGUCAGGUGGCUACUCCUUAGAAAUUGGAAGUCUGGCAGCUGUUUACCGACAGAAAAUAGAAGACAGUUCACAGAGGAAAGCCUUCGUCAGUAAGAGAGUGAUGCCUCCGUCAAGCAGCCUGGACCCUGCUGCUCCUUUCCCUGGCUUGUCUGUUGACUCAGAAUAUUCUGCUAAUCCUUUACCACACCAAGUAUUUUCUGUGGCCCAAACGGACCUGCAGGCCUUCUCCAUGCAGAACAGUCUGACUGGACGAAUGAGUGUCUCACCAGCUUCGGCUGCCUCGGACAUGGAGACCCUGAAACCAGCCCUGCUGGCCAGCCAGCCUGUGGUGUACGUGCCCUCCACCUCGCUGUUCAUGCUGUACGGGAGCCUGCAGGAGGGACCGUCCCCAGGGUCCGGCUCGGGGUCAGAGAGGGACCCAUCCACACCCUCAGUUCAGAAGCGCCUUGGGGAGGAGAGGAGGCCUCAGGAGGAGGAGCCAGCCACUAAAAGACAGAGCAGGGACUAUGAAGACAGCCCUCUAGCUCUUGUCGUGCCCAAGAAACCCUCAGAGUCCACAGACGUUGCCUCCCCCAGGAUCCCAGGUAACAGCGGCUCUGUACCCCUCGAAGACACUCACAUGGAGGCCCAAGUCUCAGCUGCAGAGGAGCCUUCGGCAAAGGGCACAGCCAACUGCUUCGUUUCUUCUGAGUGGGGAAAUCCUUCGGGAGACACAGAGAUCGAAAAGUCUUCAAAAGAAAAUGAAAGCACCAAAGAGCUCUCUUUGCAACAGUACCUUUACGUGCAGUCGCCGGCCGGAUUAAAUGGUUUCAAUGUGCUCUUAUCUGGCAGUCAGAACCCCCAUGCCGUGGGACCCCCUUCAGGUCAGCUGCCAUCCCUCAGCAUUCCUUGCAUGGUCUUACCAUCUCCGACGCUGGGCCCUUUCCCCGUCCUCUAUUCUCCCACGAUGGCCAGGCCACUUUCCUCGGCCCCCGGUGCUCUCCCAAAUGCGGGACCUGUGAAUUUUGGCUUGCCUGGCCUCGGAUCAACAGCUCAUCUUCUCAUCGGCCCUGCAAACAUGGUUAAUCCAAAAUCAUCAGCACUCCCCUCCGCAGACCCUCAGCUCCAGGGUCCACUCUCACUCAACCUGAGUCCAGAGAUGCCAAGAUCACACAACGUCAUCCAGCCUGAAUCCCCUGUGUACUCGGGGCAUCCUGUCCCCAUAGUAAAAUUACAACAGUCCCCAGUUCCCAUGACCCCCAAGAGCAUCCGACGCACACAUCGUGAGACAUUUUUCAAGACGCCUGGCAGCCUGGGAGACCCUGUCCUUAGGAGAAGAGAAAGGAAUCUGACACGAAACACCAGCUCAGCACAGAGGAGACUCGAAAUCCCCAGCAGCGAGGCUGACUAAUCCCACGCCUUGCCAGACGGGGGUGGGGCUCCCCCGAC